CAGUAUCAAUCAAUCAAUCAAAAACAUGUUUUCCAGAAAGAGACUAGUUUAGUGCAUGGUAUUUUUUCGUUUUCUUCCGAAUGUAAGAUAAACUUUUAAAAGCAUUUUAAUUAAACAGUUAUGUGAAAACAUAUUAAGUAAUAAAUUAUCCAAAAUGUCGCGUGAUAAAAGCGUGUGGUUUGCAGAAGAAAUCUUAUUAGAUGCCAAAUUAAUCAAUUUUCAAUUGGAAACUGGAGAAUGGGAUGCUGUGGAGGAAAUGUUAAGGGCAGAGGCUCAACUGUCAAGAGAUACCGAGACCGGUCGAUUAAGGCCCAAAAAAGCAUCAGAAUAUACAUUGCGACUGAUCGCUGAAGUUCUACAUAUAAUGCGGUUGGAUGUAGAACAAGCUUCCUACAACCGCAGCACCCUUGCUGUAGCUGAGCAAUGCCUGCGUUUGAUACGCUCUUGUGCUGCUGCUGGCACUAAAAUGCAGACUUAUGUAUCUAAAGAAUUGUCUAUAUUAGAUUCCAUGUUGGUUCUAGCAACUGAAUAUCAACAUCCAAGUGUUGAAAUCCUCAAUGAAGAAUUACAAAAAAAAUAUGAGUCUUGCAUGACAGUUCUAAUACAGACAUUAGGGAAUUUAGUAGUCAAUAAUCCAUUCAAUCAAAUUAUGAUUUGGAACAAGUUUGAUGCUAUAAUUUUAAAUUGUUUAGUAGGUCAGAAUGAUAAAAUUGCUUCAGCUGCUGCGAUGAUAGUUUACAAUAUACUAUUAGGGCAGCCCAAUGUGUUGCCUGAUGAUGUUACAUUAUUAAAUUCUCUAGCAUAUAUGUACAAUAAUGGUAACACAGAAUAUCCACAUUUAAUAAUAGAAUAUUUAAUUGGUGUUGAAAAUACAUAUAUAGAAAAAUUGUAUUCAAAAUUAGAACCAGAAUGUCGCAUGCUUGUCCUGAACCUCGCUUAUAAUAUAUUAAUGUCAAUGGAAACACAAGACAUCAAUGUGUCUGUGAAUUUUGUUAGAUUUAUGGCACAUGAAUUUAAAAGCAAAUCUGAUUGUAUUCUGAAAACUGUAGACAAGUAUGUGAACACUAUAGAACCACAGGAAGUAGUUUUCUUGCUAGAGAUAAUUGCCACUGCAUCAAGCAUGGACACCUACAUGGAUUGUUUGCAAAGUGAUACAUCAUUAUUUAUCAAUUGUGCUUUUCUUCUGCGUGCUAUACACAAAUUGGGCAAAGAGAGCAACAAUUUUUUUUCAUCUCUCAACAAAUUGUAUGCUGCCACUGGUAAACAAUUAAUCAAUGAUGAAAAUUUGAAUACCCCUACUAGUAAUCCUCAAGAAAAUCCUCUUAGUAAAAACGAUUCAGCAGAUAACAUGCUCUCCUGCAAUGAAACAACAUCGGAAUGUACGGAAUCGGAGAGUAGUGAACAGUUCUUUGAAUGUAAUGAUAAUCCUCCAUAUAUAGAUAAACUAGAUACUAUAAAUUCAAUAGAAAAUAUGCAGCAACCUAUCAAAUUCAUGGAAUCAUUACCUGAACUGAAGAAUGGUAAAAAUGGGUGUUCUGACCGGAAUGCCAAUGUUCAAAUUGAUAGUGAUUUAUCAAGAGUCGCUUACAAGAGAAGCAGUUCCCUUCCAAAAGCAGAUGAUCGCAUUCAGCAACUGCCAAUAAGAAGGAUCAGUCUUGAACACAAAAUAGAUAUUGGCGAUGAUACAGAGCCCCCAUUGAUUUUGGAUUCAUCUUCACCAAACGGGAGUAUGAAUACCAUAGCUGAAGUCAUACCUGUUGCGUUACAGCCAAGGUUGGAUCUGCAAGCCACAAAUGGGACUGAAUCACAAGACAGUUCCCCAAAUGAUCCUCCAACAGAGAUUCAUUUUCCAAAGGAAGAACUGAAGUCCGAAGUUAAAGCUUCACCCAGCGAGAUCUCACCACCACUAGCAGAUGUAUUACAAGAGGUAGAAUCACAAAAACAAUCCCCAGACACACCGAAAGAGAUCAAGAAAAGCCAAAAUUUAUCAACAGAUUUCGAUUUAAGUGAACAAUUGCAGAAGAUAUUGGGUAUAUCAUCAGAGAAAACUCGAACUGAUACUGUGAAUGUUGAAAAGAAAACAGAACCGGUUAAAGAAGUUAAGAUAUCGGAAGAAAACCCUGUGAACAAGAUCCCGUCAGUGAAGAUUGAUUCACCUGACAGUCAGAAACCUAGAUUAGGCGCAGUGGACAUGACCACUACGAAGAAAUCUGUAACAAUUGUAGAAACUGUUGAAAGGCAUGUGGCCUUUGGAUUCAAAGCGACUUUAGUGCGCACACUCGCCAAUCUCUGCUGGAAAAAUCAAGAAAAUAAAAGACAGAUACGAGAAUUGGAAGUAAUUCCAGUUUUACUGGAGUGUGCUAAUAUUGAUGCUCGUAAUCCACUAAUAAUGCAAUGGGUUAUUUUUGCUGUACGAAACUUAUGUGAAAAUUGUCCUGAAAACCAGGAAGUGAUUUCGAAACUGACUCUUCAAGGCCCUGUGGAUAAUGAAGUUUUGCAGGAGAUGGGUCUAACGCUACAUACAGACUCUCAGAACAAUACUAUCAGGAUUGUGCCACUAACGCGAGUGUAAAUAUAUACAUAAAAUCAGUGUAUUCAGACGGCCAACAUUUGAUGAAUGCUUUUUGCAUAAUCAUAUUAAUCAUUUACUCAUGCUUUUAGGUCUGAGAAAUGCUAUGCUAUAAAUAUAUUGUAUGAAAUAUA